AGGGCUCCAGGGGCCGGCCCCGUGAGUGGGCGGGGGCCCGCGCUGAGGACGUGUGUCCCGGGCUCACCCUGGCCCGCUCCGCCGCUAUAAAGGGCAAGUCCCCGGCGGCUCGCCUAGGCUCGCCCGGCUCCGCCCUGCCGCUCGCACUCCACUCGGCCCACUCGACCCUCUCGGGCCUCGGCUACUCGGGCUGCUGCGGCGAAGAUGGCGGCGCCGGCGGCUCCUGCGGCAGGGGAAACGGGCCCCGAUGCUCGUCUGGAGGCCGCCUUGGCCGACGUGCCGGAGCUGGCCCGACUCCUGGAGAUUGACCCGUACCUGAAGCCCUUCGCCGCGGACUUCCAGCGCAGGUAUAAGAAGUUUAGCCAGGUUUUGCAUGACAUUGGAGAGAAUGAAGGUGGGAUCGAUAAGUUCUCCAGAGGCUAUGAGUCAUUUGGCAUCCACAGAUGUUCUGAUGGUGGCAUCUACUGCAAAGAAUGGGCCCCAGGAGCAGAAGGAGUUUUUCUUACUGGAGAAUUCAGUGGUUGGAAUCCAUUUUCUCACCCAUAUAAAAAGCUGGAAUACGGAAAAUGGGAGCUGUAUAUCCCACCCAAGCAGAACAAAUCCCCCCUGAUACCUCAUGGGUCCAAGCUGAAGGUAGUUAUUACUAGUAAGAGUGGCGAGAUACUGUAUCGCAUUUCCCCAUGGGCAAAGUAUGUGGUUCGUGAGAACAACAACGUGAACUAUGAUUGGAUACACUGGGCUCCAGAAGACCCCUAUAAAUUCAAGCAUUCCAGACCUAAGAAACCAAGAAGCCUAAGAAUUUAUGAAUCUCAUGUGGGAAUUUCUUCCCACGAAGGAAAAAUAGCUUCUUACAAACAUUUUACCAGCAAUGUACUACCAAGAAUCAAAGACCUUGGGUAUAACUGCAUUCAGUUGAUGGCGAUCAUGGAACAUGCUUACUAUGCCAGUUUUGGGUACCAAAUCACGAGCUUUUUUGCAGCUUCAAGUCGUUAUGGAACUCCUGAAGAGCUGAAAGAACUUGUUGACACAGCACAUUCGAUGGGCAUUGUAGUCCUCCUAGAUGUGGUUCAUAGCCAUGCUUCAAAAAAUUCAGAAGAUGGGUUAAACAUGUUUGAUGGGACCGAUUCCUGUUAUUUUCACUCUGGACCCCGAGGGACCCAUGAUCUUUGGGACAGUAGAUUAUUUAUCUAUUCCAGCUGGGAAGUUUUAAGAUUCCUUCUGUCGAACAUAAGAUGGUGGUUGGAGGAGUACUGCUUUGAUGGCUUCCGUUUUGAUGGUGUCACCUCUAUGCUCUAUCAUCACCACGGAAUGGGUCAAGGUUUUUCGGGUGACUAUAAUGAAUAUUUUGGACUACAAGUAGAUGAAGAUGCUUUGAUUUAUCUCAUGUUGGCAAAUCAUUUGGCUCACACGUUGUACCCAGACUCGAUAACAAUAGCAGAGGAUGUAUCAGGGAUGCCGGCUCUCUGUUCUCCAACUUCCCAGGGAGGCGGUGGUUUUGACUACAGAUUAGCAAUGGCUAUUCCAGAUAAAUGGAUCCAAUUACUUAAGGAAUUUAAAGAUGAAGACUGGAAUAUGGGCAAUAUAGUGUAUACUCUCACCAAUCGACGCUACCUUGAAAAAUGUGUGGCUUAUGCAGAGAGUCAUGAUCAGGCAUUGGUUGGUGACAAGACACUGGCGUUUUGGUUGAUGGACGCUGAGAUGUACACGAACAUGAGCGUUCUGGCCCCUUUCACUCCAGUAAUUGAUCGAGGAAUACAGCUUCAUAAGAUGAUUCGUCUCAUCACUCACGGGCUCGGUGGAGAAGGCUAUCUCAAUUUCAUGGGUAAUGAGUUUGGGCAUCCUGAAUGGUUGGACUUCCCAAGGAAAGGAAAUAAUGAGAGUUACCAUUAUGCCAGAAGGCAGUUUAAUUUAACCGACGAUGACCUUCUUCGCUAUAAGUUCCUAAAUAACUUUGACAGAGAUAUGAAUAGACUGGAAGAAAGAUGUGGUUGGCUUUCAGCUCCACAGGCCUACGUGAGUGAAAAACAUGAAGCCAAUAAGACAAUCACCUUUGAGAGAGCAGGACUUCUCUUUAUUUUCAACUUCCACCCAAGCAAGAGCUAUACGGACUACCGAGUCGGGACAGCAACACCAGGGAAGUUCAAAAUUGUACUAGAUUCUGACGCAGCGGAGUAUGGAGGUCAUCAGAGACUGGACCACAACACCAACUACUUUGCUGAGGCUUUUGAACAUAAUGGGCGCCCCUAUUCUCUUCUGGUGUACAUUCCAAGCCGAGUGGCUCUCAUCCUUCAGAAUGUGGAUCUGCAAAACUGAAGAGACCUACACUCAGCCCAUCUCACGCCGACGUGUUGCCGCUGAUCCCCCUCACAGUGUUGAUAGCGUGUAAGCUUUGCAAAACACUGCUGUCUAGCCAAAACAUCAGGCUGGAACUCAGCGUUGGAAUACGCAAACAUAUAAGUUGCUUAUGAAGGAUGUGCUUAAAAUAUUAGCAACGUCUAUUUCAAAGCCAUCCAAGAAAUUAGGAUUUGCAAAUGAAGUGUAGCACAUGAUAAUUUUUAAAUAUUACUUUUCUGGCAAAGCAUUCGAUUCUUUCAUUUUAAAUUUGAAUUAUUCAUCAGGCAUGAUUAUUUUGGCUGUAGUAAAAAUAUUUUUUGAGAUAGAUAUUUGGUGGCCUUAUUUGUUCUAUAUCUACUUGUCUUAAUGAUGAGGUACUGAGUUUGUUUCUUUGCUGUGUUUUUUAAUUGUGUUUAGAAAUACUGUAUUAAACACAUAGCACUAAUAUAAAAUGAGAAUCUUAUAAAAGAUGAUAUAAAAAUUCGUAUCUGUGCCUCACUUUGCAUUAAGUUCUAUCUUGUACUCUCCUGUCCGUAUACUGUUUCAGUAGACGCUGAUAUUUCACUCUUCUGAAGACUUGAAGUGGUCAUUGUAGCAUUUCUGAUAAUGUCUUUCACUUUCAUCAAUAAAAAGAAAAAUGCCAAAUUGCAUUGA